AUGCUCUGCUGUAUACGAAGAAGCAAACCGGUUGAGAAGAACGAGGAGGCGGAUCAGGAGAUCAAACAGGAUGGGAACAAACCGGAAGACAAAGCCCAUAAGGCUGCCACCAAGAUUCAGGCCAGCUUCCGCGGACACAUCAUCCGCAAAAAAAUGAAAGACGGCGAAAAGGAGGAUGAGACGCCAGGGGCGGAGGACGGGGCGGCCGAGGGGGAGGAGAAGAACGAGACCUCGCCUCCCGCAACUGAGCCGAACGGUGAGGUCGCCAAGGAGACCACCGAGGAGACCAACAAGGCCCAAAGUCCUGUCUCAGACAAGCAGGCCAACGGAGCUCCUCCUACAGCCACGCCCACCAUCGACGCCCCUGCGACCACGCCCGUCGGAACCGCUGCGUCCCCAGUGGCGUCGGCCACUUCACCCGUGACCGGCGCUCCCUCGGAGGCGGUGAAAGAUGAGGCGAAGGAGGAGGAGGUGGAGAAGCCCACAGAGACGCCCGCUGCGGGACAGAACACCUCCGAGAGCGAUAGUGCCCAGAAAGAGGAGAAAGAGGAGAAGGCAGAAGCCAAACAAGCCGACGUGCCUGCUGCUAGUGUCGACGAGACGACUGAUUGUGAGCAAACAAAAGAUGAUGCUGCAGAGGAGUCUAAACUAGAGGCGGAGGCUGUAUUGGAGGCGGGUCAAGCGGAGGCCGACAACACAGAGGAACAAACUUAA